AUGGAGAGAAUAACGUCAACACAGAUGAUUCCUGAUGCAUUUCAAGGUGCUAGAGAUGACGUAACAAUGCAAUUUGCCAUAAUUUGGGACCAGAUCAAAGCACCAUUGAUAGUUCCUCUACUAAAGCUCGCAGUUGCCAUUUGUCUGAUCAUGUCUUUGAUGUUAUUCAUUGAAAGGGUUUACAUGGGCAUUGUUAUAAUUUUCGUUAAGGUUUUUGGUCGGAAACCAGAGAGGCGUUACAAAUGGGAGCCCAUGAAAGAUGAUGUUGAGUUGGGAAACUCAGCUUAUCCCAUGGUUCUGGUUCAAAUCCCAAUGUACAACGAACGAGAGGUUUAUCAGCUUUCAAUUGGAGCUGCAUGUGGUCUAUCGUGGCCUUCUGAUCGCAUCAUUAUUCAAGUCCUUGACGAUUCAACAGACCCAACAAUCAAGGACAUGGUGGAGCUAGAGUGUCAGAGAUGGGCAAGCAAAGGAAUAAACAUAAAGUAUGAGAUUAGAGACAACAGAAAUGGGUAUAAGGCUGGGGCAUUAAAAGAGGGCAUGAAACGAAGCUACGCGAAGAGCUGCGAUUAUGUUGCCAUUUUUGACGCAGAUUUCCAGCCUGAACCAGAUUUUCUAUGGCGCACCAUUCCCUUUCUCGUCCACAACCCAGAAUUGGGUUUGGUCCAGACUCGUUGGAAAUUCGUGAAUGCUGAUGAUUGCUUGAUGACAAGAAUGCAAGAAAUGUCUUUGGAUUACCAUUUUACAGUGGAACAAGAAGUGGGCUCCUCCACUUAUGCCUUCUUUGGCUUCAAUGGAACGGCAGGUGUAUGGAGAAUUGCUGCACUUAAUGAAGCUGGAGGAUGGAAGGACAGAACCACUGUGGAGGACAUGGACCUAGCAGUCCGAGCUAGUCUCAAAGGCUGGAAAUUCUUGUACCUUGGUAGUCUAAAGGUAAAAAAUGAAUUGCCUAGUACAUUGAAAGCAUAUCGCUAUCAACAGCACCGGUGGUCUUGUGGUCCUGCUAACCUUUUCAGGAAAAUGUUACUGGAAAUUAUAAAAAACAAGAAAGUGACAUCGUGGAAGAAAGUGCACGUAAUCUACAGCUUCUUCUUCGUUAGGAAGAUAGUAGCUCACCUUGUUACAUUUAUCUUUUACUGUGUUGUAUUGCCGGCAACUGUUUUGGUGCCUGAAGUUGAGGUCCCUAAGUGGGGAGCUGUUUAUAUUCCUUCCAUCAUUACCAUUCUAAAUGCGGUUGGAACCCCAAGGUCACUCCACUUGUUGGUUCUCUGGAUCCUCUUUGAGAAUGUAAUGUCACUGCACCGCACCAAGGCUACCUUCAUUGGCUUACUAGAGGCUGGCAGAGUGAAUGAGUGGAUUGUCACUGAGAAACUAGGGGAUGCUCUCAAGAGCAAAACCAACAAAGCCCCCAAGAAACCCCGAUUUAGAUUUGGAGAAAGACUCCAUUUGUUAGAGCUUGGGACUGGAGCUUACCUCUUCUUCUGCGGUUGCUAUGAUGUUGUUUUUGGGAAAAACCACUACUUCAUAUACCUUUAUGCGCAAGCAAUCGCCUUCUUUAUCGUGGGUUUCGGCUGUGUUGGCACCUUUGCCCCCAAUUUCUAG